AUGGUGUUCCAUCCUCCGGCGUGGGUGCCGCAGCUGCCCAUCGACCCUCCCGACUCGGUGACCAUCGAGCAGUUUAUGACCGACGAAUCGUUUGGGCGCCGUUCGUUUUCCAAGAGCCGCCAUCCCUUCACCUGCGGCCUGACCGGCAAGUCGUACAGCUGGGCGGAGACGACGCAGCGGGUCGAUCUCCUGGCACGCGCCGUCGGCAAGCGGCUUGGCUGGCAGCCCGCCGAGGGGCCUCCGUGGGACAAGGUCAUUGCCGUCUUCUCGCUCAACGCCAUCGACUACAUGGCGGCCAUGUACGUCGCACACCGCUUCUCGGGCAUCAGCACGCCCGCCAACGCCGCCUACUCGUCCCUCGAGCUGCAACACCAGCUCACCACGUCCGGCGCCUCGGCCGUCUUCACCUGCGAGGCCCUGCUCGAGACCACUCUGAAGGCCACCCGCGCCGUCAAGAUUCCCGACGACAGGGUGUACCUGAUUGACGUGCCCGGCGCCCCCGAUGCCGCCAAGAAAGCCGCCGCCAGCCAUAUCACCGUGGACCAGCUCGUGGCAGAGGGUGCCAAGCUGCCGGCGCUUGAGCCGGUCAAGUGGGUAAAGGGCCAGGGGGCGCGCCAGCCGGCCUUCCUCUGCUACUCCAGCGGCACCUCUGGACUUCCGAAAGCCGUCAUGAUCUCCCACCGCAACGUCAUCGCCAACGUCCUCCAGCUCGCGGCGUACGAGUCGGUGGGUCGCAAAGCCGCCGGCGUCGACACACAGGUCGAGAUCGGUCUGCUGCCCUUCAGCCACAUUUAUGGCCUGGUCGUCAUCGCCCACGCCGGCUCCUUCCGUGGUGAUCAGGUCAUUGUCCUGCCGAGAUUCGAGCUGGAGACCUUCCUCGCUGCUAUCCAGAAGUACCGCAUUCAGCAGCUUCGCAUCGUCCCACCGAUUGUCAUCCGCCUGCUGCGGACCCAAGAUGUCUGCUCAAAAUACGACUUGAGCUCCGUCCGUUUCGUGUACACGGGUGCCGCGCCGACUGGCGAGGAGACCAUCAACGACCUUCGCGCAAUCUACCCCAAGUGGACCAUCGGCCAGGGGUAUGGCAUGACGGAAACCUCCACCGUCGUAUGCUCAACGAGUGAGCAUGACACGUACGAUCGCUCGUCGGGGUCCCUGGUCCCCGGCGUCAAGGCCAAGAUCAUCGGCUUUGACGGCAACGAGGUGACCAAGUACGACACGCCCGGUGAGCUGCUUGUGCAGGGACCGGCCGUCGUGCUCGGCUACCUCAACAACGAAAAGGCCACCAACGAGACAUUUGUCUUCCACGAGGACGGCCGCUGGAUCCGCACCGGGGACGAGGUUCUUGUCACGCGCGCCCCGUCUGGCAACGAGCACUUGGUCGUUGUCGACCGCAUCAAGGAGCUGAUCAAGGUCAAGGGCCACCAGGUCGCGCCUGCGGAGCUGGAAGCCCACCUCCUGACCCAUCCCGCCGUAGCGGACACGGCCGUCAUUCAGGUGCCCGACGACAGCGCCGGCGAGGUGCCCAAGGCCUUUGUCGUCCGCUCGGCGGCAUACGCAUCAAAGCCAGAGGCCGACGUCGCUCGUGACAUUGCAAAGCACGUCAAAGACCACAAGGCCCCGUAUAAGUGGCUCAAGGGCGGUGUCGAGUUUAUCGACAUCAUUCCCAAGAGUCCCAGCGGAAAGAUUCUUCGUCGUUUGCUGCGUGACCAAGAAAGGGCCAAGGCACGCAAGGCCGGUUCGAAGUUGUAG